UUUGACACCACACAUUUUAGAUCAAGUUCAUUCGAUGAGUACAAUGUAUUGAUUUCAAUCUCUUAUCAUAUUUUUCUCUUUAUCAAUGGAUUCAAAAAACACUUUCACAUUUCUAGCCUUUUUCUUCUUAGGAAUUGUAGUAGCAUUGGCUCUUCAAAUCUACUUUUUUUCACCCAUAUCACCUCAAAUACUUGAUGUGCCUUCACCAUCUUUAGUUAAUUCCAUCUUUCCUCCCAACAACCAUUUACAGGAAGUGACAAAGAUAGGAGAAGGGCUGUUGAAGGAUCCAGAAGAUGUGUGCGUGGAUAAGGAUGGGACACUAUACACAGCUGGUAGAGAUGGUUGGAUCAAAAGAAUGCUAAAAAAUAAUGGUUCAUUAUUGCAAAAUUGGAAGUGGGUUAAUAGUACCACUUUACUCGGAGUGGCUACCAUUGCUAAGGGUGGUAUUGUUAUUUGUGACACACAAGAGGGUUUGCUUAGGGUUGAUGACGAUGGAGUAACAACUAUAGUUUCACACUUCAACGGCUCCAAGUUACGGUUUGCAGAUGAUGUGAUAGAAGGGGAAGAUGGAAGCUUGUAUUUUAGCAUAGCAAGCACUAAAUUUGGUCUCCACAAUUGGUUCUUUGAUUUAUUAGAAGCCAAACCUAAUGGCCAGCUUCUCAAGUUUAAUCCUCAAACCAAAGAGACUUCAUUAUUGUUAGAUAAUCUUUAUUUUGCAAAUGGAGUAGCCCUCUCAAGUGACCAACGCUACCUUUUGGUGUGCGAAACGUGGAAGUCAAGGUGCUUAAAACAUUGGUUAAAAGGCGAUCUUCAGGGGACUACUGAGAUAUUUAUAGAUAAUCUUCCAGGAGCACCCGAUAAUAUUAAUCUUGCUCCUGAUGGGUCGUUUUGGAUUGCAGUGAUAGAGUUGUCGAACAAAGCAAUGAAGUUUGUGCACACCUCCAAGAUUGCGAAACAUUUGCUAGCAACAUUUCCGAGAUUGAUAAAGUUUGUCCAAGCCUCUCACAAGAAAGCAACUGUGAUGAAGGUUUCAGAAGACGGUAAGAUACUGAAGAGGUUCGACGAUCCUGAUGGCACGGUCGUGUCUUUUGUGACUUCGGCUGUGGAGUAUGAGGACAACCUCUACCUAGGGAGCUUAAAUUCCAAUUUUGUUGCUAAAUUAUCAUUAAACACCGAUUCAGCUUGAUAAAAUUGUACGAAGUAUGACUUAUACAAGAGCUUAGGCAUGCUUUUUAGCUCUUAAAGAAACAAUAAUGUAUGCCAGUGAAGGAUUCUUUAUCAGAUGAAGCACAUCACUUGGGUGAUCACAUGAGGACAUGAAUGUCGAUACUCACUUGGGUAGGGCGGCUGGCCUUUCACAACUCCCGAGUGAUCUGAUCAAUGAAGUUCGUCUCUUUUAACUGCAGGGAUACUAAUGACUUAGAAGCUCCAAAGUUGCCUUGUGUAUUUUGGUUAAUUAGGUCUUUUUUGCCUAUGUUUUUGUUUCUCUCGAAAACUAAAACAGAUGUUAACUCUCUAUAGCAAGAUCAGCUUUAAGUAUUAAGAAUUGGUAUGCCAUCAUCAUAAAUUGGUUUCCACUAAUCUUAAGAUAAGGUUUCAUA